CCCGGCUCUGAUUAGGACCAAAUCUGAUCACAAGUUCUCCGGGAGGAGGCUCCGAGGCAGAGCCAGAGGAAGGACGCCGGGCACCGCCGGGCACCGCCGGGCACCGCCGGGCACCCGCCGAGCCCCGCCGCCUGCCGCCGCCGCCGCCCCAGGUCCGGCCCCGACCAUGAAGCUCCAGCCGCUGGUGUGCGCGGGGAUCCUGCUGCUCGCCCUGCUGCCCUGCCACGAGUGCCGAGCGCUCAGCAAGAGCCCGGGAGCCGCCCGCGGGGCUCUGCAGCAGCCCGAUUUCUUCCCGCAGCAGCAGCAGCAGCAGCAGCAGCAAACUCUGCCCGUCCUGCUCCGCAUGGGAGAGGAGUACUUCCUGCGCCUGGGCCACCUCACCAAGCGCCCCGCCGGCCCUUUCUCCGCCUCCUCCGGCGGCCACCUCCGGCCCGAAGCAUCCGCCGAGUUGUUGCGGGCGGCCGCGGCGCAACUGCAGCGGUCGGGGAGCCCCGAGGGGGACGAAGGAGCGGGGGAGGCGGUGGAGAGAGAGAAGCGCUCCGAGGAGCCGCCCAUCUCCCUGGACCUGACUUUCCACCUGCUGCGGGAAGUGCUGGAGAUGGCCCGCGCCGAGCAGCUGGCGCAGCAAGCCCACAGCAACAGGAAACUGAUGGAAAUCAUCGGGAAGUGAGGCGGCCCCCCCGCGCCUUGCCAAAGGGACCCCGCGGUCAGCACCAGAGCCAUCACACCGCCCGACGUACCAUAGUGCUGCUCUGAUGUCAUCUCUUUAUUUUUAUAGAGCUUCGAACCCCGAAGGGCGCGCUCCGAGCCGCCGCCCCCCCUCAGCAUGCGCGGACGCGCGGUGCCACCGGGCCCCCCCCCCCGACCCUUAUUUAUUUCUCCAUUUCCCAUAGCGAGAGGGCUCCGCAGGGACGGCCGGGGGCGGCGGGGAGCACGGGGAGCGCCGUGCCGGGGAGGGAGGCGGGAGGGGAACCUCUGUCCGCUACUUCGAGUCCACUUUUACCCUGUACAACAUUUUCACAAUAAAACAUCUUUUCAGCGCUCGGUCGAUUUUGUUGUGUAAGAGAAUGUUUAAUAUUUAUAUUUUUAAUAAAAGCUGCAAAGGAACGAUGGCUGGACACGCUUUCUUGCCUGGCACCGUGGGCCGCCCGCCCCGCUCGGGGGUGGCACAGCACUGCGCUCCUCUCCGCCGCUCGCUGCGGGUUGCCAGGGUCGCGGAGACACGACCGGGACCACCAUCCCGGAGCCGAUCCUCCUCCUGGACGGACACGGCGAUACGAGUGGCAGCAGCGCUCCGCUCUCUGUCAGCCCCAAAGCUCUGCGCAGCCCUCAUCCCCCCGGAAGUUCCCCUGCAGGAGCGUUUUCUGGAGGCAAUAAGCACCGAUCGGAGCUGAGCCCCGCACUGAGGUCGCUCCCGCACAGCCCCGUGCCCACAGUCCCAGCUCAGGGCUCGGCUCUGGUACCGAGCGCUCCUCCAGUCUCUCUCAAGCACUCUGCUCCCUUCAGCGCGCUAGGAGCACUCCUUUUAAGACAGGAAUUUUGUCAGAAGAAUCACCUCAACGGUUCAACUUCUGCUGUAACCCCAACAUCUGCCCCAUGCUGAUGGGGGUUUGCCUGU